UGAAGCUCAGUGCGAGCAAGCUCCAAGAGAAUUGAUUGACCUAGCAACGGUUGGCUGAACAGUGAUUACGGCUUUAACUUUCACUGAUUUGUUUUCAGCUUCACUCACAGCCACAGCUUCGAUUUUGGUGCCAUUCCUCCUGCACCCAUAAGUGACCCUUUUUUGCUUCCUUUGGUUUUGAGGCAUGGCUUGUGAAGAUUAAUGAGAUAAGAUGGACUUGAAUUUGAUAUAUAUGAACUUGUUGCAUCAGCAUUUUUGCUGAUUCUGUGUAUAUGUUAUAACUCGCCCUUAGUUUUUCUUCUUUGUUUAGUGUGAGCUGAGUGAGAAAGAUUGUGAUAUAAAUAAAUAAAGAAGCUGAUGAGGGAAAACCGGGAAGUUAUACUUACUGAUUAUGGGUUCCCACACGUUCGGAUUAUUAUAGACAGAAAGGAAAAGAUAUAUUCAGCCUGUUACAUAAGCGACAAAAGCAGGUAUAGCAGCAAACCUCAGGCGUAAUCCUCAAGGUAGGUGGGACUCCAGGUAGGGCUCUUGGACCUGAUGUUCCCCUGAUUGGAAUUGCUAUCAACAUCCUCCACACCAAACACGACCUAGUCCUCGAGGUCGUAUGCUGACUUUUCCCAAUGGAUCAAGACCAUGCUCGAGGGUGGAGUUUUGGUACUAUCCCAUUUCCAAUCCAAAAAGGAGAGGGAAGGAGGUGGGCCCUUAUGUGGUUUGGGUGUUGUAGGUGACUUGGCUACACACUCUUUGUGACAUACUGUUUCAUUGCUGCUAUAGUUCUCUAUGUUACUCCCUUCUCAUUGGCUUCUUUAUGCUAAGGCACCCCAGAUUCCGCCACAAACUUCCAUCAGUUCCACUCAACUUCUUUAGGAGGUUGCCUGCUAGAUCAGACAUCAUGUUGUAAGCUAGCACGGAUGAUAUAUUCAACUUGUUCCUUUUGUCAUGCACUUGGUUUAGACAAAUCUUCAUAAAGUGCUUGAAACCUGAUUAAACAAGUCUUGUGGCAGACUGUGAAACAGAAGUAAUGGAUGCAAGUGACCUUGAAAAGGAUUUGUUCAGCAAAGUAGAGACAAAUGACUACUACACCACUGUUUUAAAGAUUAAAGGGCUAGAACAUUUGCCUGUUGGAUUCUAUUAUUUUAGUGAAUAUAUGGAAGAUCCUAGCACAAUGGGACAUCCAGUUGCAAUGCAGAGAUUUUAUUCUGACACUAAUAUAUUCUUAUUAUGGUCCUACGGCAACUCUGUUGAUAUUAAGGAACCGACAGUCAUGGAGCUUGUAAUCAAGACAAUAGAAGCCAUUGGGGGAGAGGUUGAGCAUGUCAUUCUUCAGCGUCGCUUUAUGUAUUUUCCUCAUGUUGGCAGCCAAGAUAUGAAAGAUGGUUUUUAUGAAAAGUUGGAAUCUGAGCUUCAAGGUUCAAGGAAUACUUAUUAUGUAGGCGGACUUAUGGCAUUUGAGCUCACAGAGAGAAAUUCAUCUUAUGCCAUGGCUUUGAUCUGCAAGAACUUUGCAUAUAGGAAUGAUUUUCCAAUAUUUCCUUACACCAAGAAUUUGUUUCCCUUGCAAGCUUUGUGCCAGAAAAAGAAUCGUAGAGAAUUAGGUGAAUUGCCAGAAGUGCAAUUUCCUAAUUUGCCUACUUUGAAUAGCUACUUAACGCACUGGGGAACUCAUCCAAUCACUCAAAACAGGGCUCUUUAUACUUGGAUUAAUGAAGAAGGGACUCCAGUAUGCCAAAGGACCUAUGGAGAACUAUAUUUUAAUUCUUCUUGCAUUGCACAUAAGCUCCUAACAAGCCAAAAGCCAGUUAUCAAGCCCGGUGACAAGGUUCUCCUGAUCUAUGUCCCUGGUUUGGAUUUUAUUGAUGCCUUCUUUGGAUGCCUAAGAGCUAAAGUCAUACCAGUCCCCAUUCUUCCUCCAGAUCCCAUGCAAAGAAAUGGACAAGCACUAAUUCGAAUUGAAAACGUUGCCAAGUCAUGUAACAUUGUGGCAAUUUUAUCAACUGUAGCUUAUCACUCAGCAGUCCGUGCAGGUUCGUUGAAAAAUUUAAUCUCAUUAACUGAAAAAAAUGGGAAAUCCUCAGCUCGGUGGCCGAAUCUUCCAUGGUUGCACACUGGUACAUGGGUCAAGAACUCCAAAAGUAUGAUUCUGGAACAUCUUGACAAACAAUGUGAACCUCAGCCAGGUGAUAUAUGUUUCUUGCAAUUUACCUCAGGUUCAACUAGUGAUGCCAAAGGAGUCAUGAUUACUCAUGGUGGGCUAAUUCACAAUGUAAAGUUCAUGCGAACAAGAUACAAGAGCACCUCAAGGACAACGCUAGUAAGCUGGCUCCCUCAGAAUCAUGACAUGGGGCUGAUUGGGGGACUUUUUACAUCUCUUGUUAGUGGUGGAUCUGCAGUUUUAUUUUCACCGAUGACAUUUAUCAAGAAACCACUCUUAUGGCUUGAAACUAUUAGCAAGUAUCAAGCAACUCAUAGCGCUGGACCCAACUUUGCCUUUGAGUUACUGAUUCAAAGAUUGGAGUCUGACAAGGAUAAGCUUCAGAAUUUAGACCUCUCAUCCUUGACUUUUCUUAUGGUUGCUGCUGAACCAGUGAGACAGAAGACCAUGAAAAGAUUUAUUGAGCUAACCAGUCCUUUUGGCUUAUCUGAAAAGGUGAUGGCUCCUGGAUAUGGCUUAGCAGAAAAUUGUGUGUUUGUCAGCUGUGCAUUUGGAGAAGGUAAGCCAAUCAUUGUUGAUUGGCAGGGAAGAAUUUGUUGUGGAUAUGUUAAUCACAAGGAUGCGGAUGUUGACAUUAGAAUAGUUGAUCCAGAGACUUGUGAAGAGCUUCAAGAAGAUGGAAAGGAGGGAGAGAUCUGGAUUAGUAGUCCAAGUGCAGGCAUAGAAUACUGGGGAAGGGAAGAAUUGAGUCAAAAAACUUUCAGGAAUGAACUUCAUAAUCAUCCUGGACGUAGCUACACAAGAACUGGAUACUUGGGACGAAUAAUAGAUCAGAAGUUAUUCAUCACUGGAAGGAUCAAGGAUCUUAUCAUUGUUGCUGGAAGAAAUAUUUACUCGGCAGAUGUUGAAAAGACAGUUGAGACUUCAUCAGAAUUUCUUCGUCCUGGUUGCUGUGCUGUCAUUGGAGUCCCUGAGGAAAUUUUAUCAGCAAAGGGGAUUUCCACUCCAGAUGGCUCUGAUCAGGUUGGCUUGGUUGUGAUUGCAGAAGUAAGGGAUGGAAAGCCAGUCAGCAAAGAUUUGAUUGAGAAAAUUAAGACUCGUGUGGUAGAAGAACAUGGAGUCAAUGUUGCUUCUGUCAAGUUGAUCAAGCCUAGAACCAUCAGCAAAACAACAUCAGGAAAAAUCAAGAGAUUUGAAUGUGUCAAACAGUUCACAGAUGAAACACUGAACUUGGUACCACAAGGUUCAAAAACUAUUUUGACAAAGAAGUCUUUGUUAAGGCCAUUCACUACAGGAGCAUGGGGAGAAGAAAAAAGACCAGGGCAACAGCAAGUAAGAAGUAUACUUGCACCUAGGAAAAGGAUCAGUAAGAAUGAAAUUGUAGAGUUCUUGAAAGGGCUUAUUUCUGAGCAGACGGGAAUCCCAAUCAACGACAUCUCAGUCACAGACAACCUGACAUCCUAUGGAAUUGACUCAAUUGGUGUGGUUAAAGCAACUCAAAAACUGUCAGAUUUCUUAGGAACUCCAGUUGCAGCUAUAGAUGUUUUCACUGCAUCCUGAAUUCUAGAAUUGGCUAACUUCUCUAAG